AUGCCUCCACGACUAAGUCUCCUGCCCCUGGGCAGACCACUCACAAUUCUAUCACGUCCCAUUGCAGCACCCACCGCUCGGCCUACAAUUGCGCUUGCUUCAGCGUCUGUCAGAUCCCAAAACUUAUGUAGGGGUUUCGCCGACGACAAGAAGGCGCCGGUUGAUGACGUCCCGCCCAAGGUUGGCCCGAAUAUGGAUCACUUGCCGCACGUCAGUGAGGAAGCAGCUGCUCUUGGAAGAAUCACCGGUGAAGGUGGACCUGAGCUCGAGCAGGGAACGCCAAUUCAGGAGAUUCUGGAGCGCGACCAGGACGGUCUCAAGAAGGCCCCCAAGGUUUUGAAAGACCAGGUUGAACCGCCUUCCGGACCAAAAGGCACUCGAUCCUUUUCCACAUCUACCCGUCGCUCGGCCGCUCUCACCACUGCUGUCGAGGAUCCCACUGUUGUCAAUCUUGAGGGCUCAAAGUUUGGCAUUCCUGAAUUUCCUCUCCCGACCGAGAAUCUUCUCAAGCAACGAUACGACCCGGUCGUCAAGCAAUUUACCAACCUUCUGAUGUGGGACGGCAAGCUGAGCAAGGCGCAACAGGACAUGUCGCGUAUUCUGUCCAUCAUUCGAACAGCACCCACGCCUUCAAUCAACCCAGCUCGACCUCUUCUCCCGUCUGCUCCUCCGCCAUCCCACCUUCCGCUGAACCCCGUCCUCUAUCUGACCCUCGCUAUCGACUCUGUCGCUCCCCUGCUCCGUAUCAAAUCCAUGAAGGGCGCAGCUGGUGGUGGUGUCGCCCUGCAGCUCCCCAAUCCCUUGAACCUCCGCCAGCGCAGACGUAAAGCCAUUACUUGGAUCCUGGAGGCCGCCAGCAAGAGAAAGUCGAGAGGUAGUGGAAGUGGUCAGUUUGCCCAGCGAGUGGCAGAUGAAGUUAUUGCGGUCAUGGAGGGCCGUAGUGCCGUGUGGGACAGGAGGAACGCGCUACACAAGCUUGCUAUUACCUCGCGUGCCAAUUUGUCCUUUUAUAACAGGAGGAGAUAA